GUAAGAAAUCUGCUGAAGUCAUCGUUACCCUAGGUCAGCAGGUCAAACCUCAGCCCUGUGCUGAACUAUUUUCCUCAUAAGGGUCCUGCCUAAGACGCCAGCAACUAAAUUAUUAGGUUCUUGCUUAGAAGUAUCAUCUCUUGUAACCCUCAGGGUAGGAAAGAGCAAUUCUCAUAAUUCAGCUUCGUUGGCAGGCACGCUAGGUACUCUCUUCUAUUACACCUGCUGCACUUGCCUUACACUAGCCCUGCAUCUUAUGCAUCUCAGCCUCAUGUCACUGCAUUGUCACUGCCCCGUUUCUCGUACUUUUCCAGAACAUCGGAUUUAACUUCGAGUACCAACACGAAUUCGGCUACGGCUCAUCGCUAUUGACGACAUAAUACGACAGAUCUGCCUAGUCAUUCGCCUAUCGAAUCAGCUGAAGGAGUCGUAACGAUGUGCGACCUACCCCCGCAUACUAACGAUACCAACAUGGCCACGUCCCUAUGCGAACCAACUAGCGGUCAGUCUGACGCGCACAGUGACAAGGAAACAACCUCUGCGGUGGAUAUCGCAAGCUCAUCGCCUAACUCUGAGCCCAGUGAGCCGGGCAGUGACCAAAAAGCUACCAAUGACACUCCCACUACCGAAGGUGAUGCAGACUCCACCAACGUAGAAGAGGCUUCCGAUGUUAUUGAUGGAGGGGUUCAGCUUGGUAUUGAAUCCGAGGAAAAGAAAAAGAAGAAGAAGAAGAGGCCUAAGAAGAAAGGUGCUGCCGCUCGAAAAAAUGUUACAGGCUUCGAAGGUUGGUUCUAUGCGUGGUCAUGCAGGGCGAAGUCUCGUCUAACAUUUGGUCUAGAAUUCUAUGCCGAUACUCCCAUAACCCCGGCCGAAGCUGCCAAGGAGAAGAAAGAAAUCUAUAACGCAUCGCGUUCCUUCUCUGACCGUAUCGAAGAAUGCAUCCAGAGGUACCGAGCUAGCCGCCGAAUGGAUAGCGAACGUCUUAUGCUCUUCAACAAGUAUUUGUGGCUCGGGGGCAUCGACUCAUCUCCACGCCAGUUCACUGGCUUUGCCGAGGACCGCGAUGCUCUUGCCGAGGCAGACGCCGAUGAGAUUCGCCAGAUGACGGCAACUGACUUUAUCGGCGGUAGUGGUACCCGUUUCUACGAUCCCCUGGAGCCUGAGCAUUGGUUCGUUGACUUCGAGGGCAUCGUGAAAUGUUUCCUAUCCAGAAUCGUCCCAACCAUCUACAUGUACGAUGAGGCAGCUAAUCUCCAAGCUGCGAGCAUCAUCAAGAAUUUCCUCAACUAUGUUCUAAUGCACGACGUUUGCCCCGAAUACACAUUCGAUAUCAUGGCCGCUAGAAGAAUUUGUGACGCUGGCCCUUAUGAAUUACGCAUGGUGCACGAGCUUAUUCUUUCACUCCCGGGUGCCUUCAAUACUGCCGCGCACUCGCUUUUUUGCGACCGACAGGUAGAUAAGUAUGAUGUGCCUGAUCACUACGAUAAGUUGAUUGCAUUCCGCGUUACAGUCUUCUCGUCAGCACUUGACCAGAAAAUCAAGAAACGACUUAUCGACUCCGACCCUACUACUAUUCGUGUUGUUAACACAAAGGAGGAGACUUACGAAGUAGUGGAUAUAAUCCUGCCGCGCCAGCGAGACAUCGUGAUGGUAAAGGAACAGCUAGAGGAAGCGGGCCACUCCGGCAAGGGAAAGCCAGCUGGCAUUCUUGUUCUAAAGCCUUCUGUCAUCGACUUCGGCUUCAAUAACUUACCUCGUCCGGAUCAAGUCGACUUUAGUAGCGCAGAGUCAGAAGACUACUUGCUUGAAGACGAUUUACUUGACAAGUUUGACAAGGGAAUGAAGAUCAAGGCUAUUGUAUGCGAGCUCAACAUUGGUGUUCGCUUCAUCAAGGCGGUCAAGGACGUCCUCGUCUCUUUUGACCUGUUCUUACCUCAGAUCUUGAUGGAGAACUGGAAGGACCCUGCUCCUAGCACGCGCCCACCUCCCUCAGCCUCUAACCCAAAUGCUGAGGAAAAAGCCGUAGUUGAUGAUGACUAUUGAUACGAGAUCGUGAUACCGGGCUCAAUGAAAUAGUCGAAGAAGCCAAGUGCGCAUAAGAAACCGGACAAAGGCUUGAAGAGAGUCUUAUGUGGGCUCGGAUUAAGGAGCUAUUUGGAGACGUUUUUCAUCGUGGUACAUAGGGCGGACUGAAAGCCUAGACUAUGAAGGCUGUUUCUGAUGUACUAUUUGCUAGGGAUACCCCUUAGACUGACAGCCGCAAGGCGAACGAAUUGCAAUGAAUUUAUGAACUGAGAUCUCAGCCUUGACUUGAAAUUGUUAGCCCGCAAGGCCCGCAUAUUGCUUUGAUAGACUUUUGCCCCGAAAGCAAACGUGGAGGUAUUCAAAAGUCCUAGAUCUCGAUGGUGCACAAGCUCUUGGCGCCGUUGCUUCUAACGCACAACGGCGUAUCGUGGCAUUGGAAAUUUAGGCCGCCGUGUCUCUUGGCGCGAGUCCGCGCCGCACAGCUUGCCUGAAAAGACCGGGAUGUAUUUCUUGGCCCUUUCUUCGCCGGCUGGGCGUAUUAUCCUCCGCGUCGCCCUAAUAUAUGCGCGCUCUGCUGUGUGGUAGCCUC